AUGAAGAGAGACCUGGUCCAGAGUGUCAGAGGAAAGUGCGGCGGAGAGAUGCGUGUGAAUCAGUACAUGGUGCAGAGUCCGCCAUACCACAGCCGCUGCAGCCUGACAGACACUUCAGAGGAGGGGCCAGUGGAGGGGGAGGAGCCUGAGCAGAAGGCCACACCCCUCCAGCGCCUCACCUUUGACAUGUGUCACAACCAGCACACCAUAAAGGAGCUGGUGAUUGGGCGCCGAGUGGGCUUCUACAAGGUCCGAGGGGAGAUCGGCUAUGGAACCUUCUCCCGAGUCAAGAUGGCCUUCCAUGCUCUCACCAAAGACAAAGUGGCGAUGAAGAUCCUGGACAAAGCUCGCCUGGACCCCACGGCUCAGCGCCUGCUGCACAGAGAGAUUGUGGGCCUGGAGAGUCUGCGGCACCCCAACGUGGUGCGACUGUAUGAGGUGGUGGACACACCCAGCCGCCUCCACCUGGUGUUGGAGUAUGCAGGCGGAGGAGACCUGGCUGACCACAUCUACACCCAUGGCCGGCUCUCAGACCACCGCAGCAAGAUCAUCUUUGCCCAGAUCCUUGCUGCUGUCAAGUAUAUGCACAGUCAGAACUUCAUCCAUCGGGACUUGAAGGCGGAGAACGUGCUCUUCACCCUUAGCGGCUGUGUGAAAGUGGCUGAUCUGGGAUUCAGCACUCGUCUGUCCGCACGCACACAGCUCCUGGAGACUCAGUGCGGUUCGCCUCCCUACGCAGCGCCAGAGCUCUUUCAGGACGAGCCAUACUUGGGCCCGCCAGUGGACGUGUGGGCCAUGGGUGUGCUGCUGUUCUUCAUGGUGACGGCGAGCAUGCCAUUCCGCGCAGAAACCAUGGGCAAGCUGCGGCGGCGCAUUGUGAGUGGAGAGUUUGAAAUGCCUGUGUGCGUGUCAGCUCCAUGCCAGAGGCUGCUCCGAGGAAUCCUCCGGCAUGCCCCCGAGGACAGGUGUGCUGUUGACCAGAUACUGGGCUGUGAUUGGCUGCUGCCCGUCGAGUUCUCGUGGAACUUGGGGGCCGCGGAAUGUGGAGGCGCAGCUGAUUCGGAUGUGGAGGAGGACGUCAGAGCUGCCAUGUGCGAGCUGGGCAUCACAAUGGAGCACCUCGGGAACAAUCCCCUGGGGGACACCCGCAGCCCACUCUGGGGGGUGUAUCGUAUCCUGCAUCACCGUGCCGAGCUGGCCCAUGGAGCCGACUGUCUGCCUACAAUCAGAGGGGUGGUCCGGGACCCCAAACGAGAGGGGCUCCGGGCCUACAGGGGCCUCAGACACACCUCCAAGUUCUGUUCCAUCCAAUGA